AUGGUUUUCGAAAAAAAGGGAUUCGACUACAAGACUUGUAUCGUCCUCGUGGCCAUCGAACAGCAAUCUCCUGAUAUCGCGCAGGGUUUAGAUCACGGAAGUCUCGAAAAGCAUGGUGCUGGAGACCAGGUCACGAUCGAGUACAAGAAGGAGAAGGAUACCGGCGCAGUCGCGCCGAUCCGAGUCGACACCAUCGUCGUUUCUACCCAGCAUGCCGAAGAGAUCUCCACCGAAGACCUCCGAGAAGCCGUCAUGCAAAAGAUCGUCAAGCAGAAGUUUCAUCUUUCAUCAAAGAAAAUGAUGCAAUAUAAACUUCAAAUCAUUUGA